UUCCUGUUUUAUUCUGAACCUUCCUCUUCACUUCCUCAAGCCUAUCCCCAUACGCUCUAGCUACUUCUUUGUUGGUGAGGUGGGGUGGUAUAAACCCUUAUAAAACCCCAUCCAGCUAUCCAAUUCUAAUUCAUCCAACAACCUUGAAAUAUUAAUAAUUAAAGAUGGCUUCUUCUUCUAAGUUUGUUCUUGUGAUUUGUGUUAUGGUUUGUGCUUUUGGUGUUGCAAUAGGGGCCAAAUUCGAUGAAGAAUUUGACAUCACAUGGGGUGAAGGCAAAGCAAAUAUACUCAACAAUGGGGACCUCCUAACUCUCUCACUUGACAAAAUAUCUGGUUCAGGUUUUCAAUCCAAGAAUGAGUAUCUAUUUGGUAAAAUUGACAUGAAACUCAAACUUGUCCCUGGAAAUUCUGCUGGCACUGUUAAUGCUUACUAUGUAUGGAUCAUCCCACAGUGACUGAACAUCCCGAUCCAAAAGAGUAUUGUGUGUUAAUACUCCAGCAGCAGCAUUGAUCCCAGGCUGUGUGGCAUGGGAAGUUGACUGGACAGGACACGUGUUUAACUAUACGCCGUGCGAAUUUUGAAUUUUGAAUUUUGAGGCAGCACCCUUUGCAUCACCGCAUCCUUUGAGAGAUGUGGAUUUAGGGGAGUUUUAGAGGUAGGCGAUGUGCAAUAUGAUG